UAUAGACGUAAAUUAAAGUAUGGCAAAUAACACCGAUUAUGUCAAGGUACUUUGGGAACUGACAUACUCCGACGUCGCUCUAAGCAGUUCCAUACUAAUAAUCAUCGGAUGUAUCGUUGGAAUCCUAGGGAAUGGUUCAGUUAUAAUAUGUUACUUCUUUCGGAUUCAGGAAAGAGGAGAGCGUUAUUUUAUUCCGGUGUUGGCAGUCGUAGACUUAGUUGCGUGUUUAACAAGUUCUAUUUUCUACGUCAUGGAUAAUGCAUUUUUUUUAAAUUAUCCCUAUGACUUGAUGUGUCGUAUUCUGAUAUUUUUGCAGCUUCUUGUGCCAGGGACUUCGGCUAGUUUAUUAGUCAUAAUUAGUGUUCAAAGAUAUCUGUUAGUUUGCAAACCUCACGGACCAAGGAUGACAUUACGUUGGAAAAGGAUUGCCAUUGUUGUUGUAUGCUUGUUUACUUUGGCUUACACUGCACCGGUCCUUGUGAUAUCUGGAAUUAAAACAUCAAAUGAAACGUUUCAGAAUCAUACAAUACAAAUUACAAUCUGUAAAUUUUCCACAGCAGAAAUUACAGCUAAGAUAAGAGCGUACAUCGUUUUUUUUUUACUGCUAACGAUUGCCAGUAUUCUGAUAACAAUAAGUUUGUUCAUAUUAGUUUUGAAGAGGAUAAAACUCUCCUUUCUCGGGAAAUUCAGAAGUGGGCGUAAUGCAAGUAAACAUCGAAAUACACCACCUAAUACUGAUUCAACAAAGGAUAUAGAACUGGACAAAUGCGAAGGAAAAACUCAUGGAACUCAAAUGCAGAAACAAUCCUCUACUUUGGGAGUUGGUCUUGAUACUAAUAAACCAGUAAAUACUUUAAAGAAAGAGGACAGCGAACGAACAAGAAAGGAAAAGGCAACAAGAAGAAUAACGAUUAUGUUUUUCGUCAUUAUUGUUGCUUAUGUUUUAUCUUAUAUUCCUUCUUUAAUCAUUUUUAUUGUAGUAUAUACCCUCAAAGAUUUCAAUUAUAUUUCUGUGUCAAGAGAGACAACAUUUGUUAUUACUUACCUUUCGCGUUCUGUGUUUCUAAACCAUAUUGUUAAUCCCUUUGUAUACAGUUACUUCGAUCCGAAUUUUAGAAAAGAAUUGAGAAAGUUAUUUGCAUGUGUAAAUAAAUAGGGGGUGAUACAAAAUAAUAGAUAAAGUGUGAAGACACAGUAGGAUUAGGAAAAUGAUUAAAUUAAUUCAAUAAUAAACAUUUUAACUAUAGAUGUCAAGAGAAAAGAUAUCACUGCCGAUUUCGGUGGAGGCAUUUUGACUGGUUUAAUAUACUAUCCUUCUUACUGUCAACGUUAACGGUAAACUCUUCUCAUGUUGCUAUAAAGGAAAAAUUUCAAACAAUACAAGAAUGCAGAUGGAGAUAUUGCUGAGAGAGAAAUGUGAAAAAUAUUUUAUUCCUAGUAUGGAGUACUCGUUGCAUCCCUUAAAAAGCAAAAAAAAGUGAUGCCAUUGCCUGUCAAAUGGUUCUGUUUUUCUUUUGGACUAAAAUGUUAAAAGUAAAUUGUACACUUAAUAAGACGAUCAAAGUAUAUUACGUUUAUGCGACUUUUUCGGAAGAUUUUCGAUUUAUAUGUAACUUGAUACAGAUAAGACAUAAAUUAAAAGAUAUUUGCACAGAAAGAAUAAAACAACACAUAAGAUAAAUGACAUAUCCAUUUUUGUUAAAAGUUGUAUUGAAUUUCAUUUUGCAGUGCGAUUGUUAUAAUGCAAUAAGGAGACAAUACAUUAAGCCAUAUUAUUAUAGGCGUCCAUGGUCAUUGAAGCUUGUACAGUUGUUGAGCUCAGAAAAUGUACAUUGUCGAGACAUAUGUAACCUUUAAAAAAAAUGUCCAUGUAUUUAAACGUAGAACAGACUUGUUUUAUCCAAUACUUAAUAUAGGCCAUUAUUCUUCUCUAAUGUAUAAAUUUAUCAGUUAUGUAUUAUAACUGGUGUUAAUUUAUCAGUUAUUGUAACUACAUAUAUAUAUAUUUUUCUAAAAUCAAGUUUAUUCCCCAUGCUCAAUUAAAAUAUCGACUUCACCAUCUCAUUAAACAGAGCUUUUCUAUAAAAAUGGGAAUCGUAGAUAUAAAUUUUUUGUUUUGGGUUAUAAUAGUUCGUAUUUUGUGAAGAACCACACUGAUUCUACCAGAAGAUAUACUGAAGAUGAUAUUAUCAAAAUGCGGACUUUUUGAUCGACAAUAUAUUUGUUGAGUUUAGAGGAUUGAUAUUUCAACAGACAGUCGACAUGCCAAUGGGUACUAAUUGUGCACCCCUACUGGCCGAUUUGUUUCUGUACUCGUAUGAAGCAGAAUUCAUUCAAAACCUUCUAAAAGACAAAAAGAAAAAGCACCUUGUGAAAUUCUUUAAUUUUACUUUCAGAUAUAUUGAUGAUGUCCUAUCACUGAAUAAAACCAUAUUUCAGCCAGAACGUACAUCUCAUAUAUAUCCCAGUGAACUUGAAAUUAAGGAUACUACUGAUACUAGAAGGGCUGCUUCAAACAUUGAUCUUUUCCUCAAUAUUGACACAGAUGGACGACUUCACACUAAAUACUAUGACAAACGGGACGAUUUCAACUUCCCAAUUAUCAAUUUCCCAUUUCUCAGCAGUAACAUACCCUAUGCCCCAUCGUACAUAUCUUAGUUGAUACGUUAUGCUCGUGCAUGUUCACACUAUACGGACUUCAUAUACAGGAGUGUGCUCCUUACGCAGAAACUGCUCUAACAAAGUUAUGAGGAGGAAAGUUUAAAAAUGACACUCCGUAAGUUAUGGACACCAUAACGAAUUGGUUGAUCUAUACGAUGUGUUUGUGUCUUAACUAACUAACGACAUUUGUACCACGUCUUAGAUAGUGGUUUACCAUCUACGUCGUCUGGUCUUCUAAGUGCCGACCGUGACCUAUUCCCGAAUAUGACUGUUUUGCUGAGUGUAAAUUCGCAUUGCUAUUAGACGUGUCUCGGUAUUUGUACAUCCAAGAUUCAUGUAUUUUGUUAUGAUGUUUCAUUUGUAAAUAUGGUUGGGUGUUGUUUUAUGUCUUAUCGUUUGUGGUUUAAAUUCUAUUUUUAUUUUCUAUAUGCAUGUAAAAGUAAAUAUUAAUCAUCUAGUUCUUUUAUAUGAUUUUUAGUUUAAAGCAACUAUAUGCACAUGAUUUAUUUGUUUUUACACAGCAGUUUGAUUUAGAAGAAAAAACGACAUGGUUAGAAAAUACAAAUAAUUACACCAUUACUAACACAAUUCUAAAUUAAUAUUCUUGUAAUUGUUAGAAAAUACAUCAAAUAACACCUUUACAAACUUAAUCCCAAUUUUAUAUUCUAUUUUUUGAAAAUUACCUGUGACGUCACUUGAUAAAUUCGUCUGACGCACAGUUCAUUAUUCUAUUGUACUGUAUUUGUGUUCUGUCGUAAAUUAAUUUUAGGUGUUUUUCCCAAAAGGCCUUUAAGUAUUGACAUUCCAUAAUUUUUUUUUAUAGUGUGAUUACACAUGUCACAAUUACUGUCAUCUUUUAUCUUCCAUUUAAAAGGACCUGGAGUGGUUUACAAGGAAGGAUAUGAUGCAACAAUUUCAAUUUAAAUAUUUUUGUUCUGUUAUCUUUUGAAUAAAUAAAUACAAAUUUGAGCAUUGAUUUAAUUGGAAUUAAAGAAUUUAAAUCUAGUACACUUUUCCAUUUUAAGAAACCUGGAGACAUGUCUUCAUUACUAGUGUUAUUAACCUGUGUAUAUAUCUGAUUUGUUUCCAUUACUUGUAAACAUGUUAUCCUUUUGUCAUAAUGCAAAGUUUAAGUUUAUUUUUUACUUUUGAUUUUAUUGAUUUAUCUGAUUUAAUUACCUUUAACCAUUUGUUUGGAAUAGCAUAUUUUAGUUUUGAAAUUUCAAACAUUAGAUUGGAUUUUGAGGAUACUUUAUUAGAUAUUAUACUUUGAGAGAUAUUACCAUUCUGGCAUAUAUAUUUUACAUGUCAUUGUGCUGAUGAGUAUUAUUUGCUUAAAGUAUAUAUAUAUAUUAAAGAAUUGAAUUGAA